AUGGCGUGGAAUUUAAAAGGGCGUAGUGCGGUGGCUGCGCUUGAUCCACUCACGCGCCACCGCAUUCUGCAAUCGCAUGCUAUGACCUCUUGCGUUCAUAAACCACUGCUAGCAACAAUAGAGGCUCUUAUAACGCUGCGGUGUGUGGGUGGCCUGAGUGGACCCCUGCGGAGGCCUGAACCAUUUAUUUGCCACGUUACAAGACUGCUUCAGAUUACUCCAGACCCCUCCGUAGUGCUGGCAAUGUUGCAUCAAGAUGUCCACAAAUACUUGCGCGUGGCCGCGUUGUUUGUCAUUCGGCUUAUUGGAAAUGACGCCAUGAUGCGCGAGGCGAUGCGGGUAGGGUGGGAGGAUUACAGGAAGAUCCGCGUCUACGGAUAUAUGGAGGAUUGGGGAGGCACAACUUGCGCCAAAAACAGUGCCGCGCCGGAGGAAGAGGAGGAAGGAUUUGUGCGAUCACCGUCGUAUGGUAUUAUGUGUGUGGACGAAAUGACGGAUCGACUAUUCAACGUUGGGGCGGGUGUGAAAGACAAGGAUGGGGAAAGUGGCAGUGUCUGGCUGGGUCUCUGCCUAUCACCGUUGCUUCUGUAG